AUGAGCGCGACGCGGCUGCCACUCCGCUUCCAAUGCCCACUCUGCUUAGAGCUCUUAGCGUCGCCGGUCCAGCUGCCCUGCUGCAAGAAGCACCUCUGCCUAGGCUGCUUUGACCGGUCGAUCGCGAUCACCUCCACAAGCUGCGCCUUCUGCCGCAACCGCAUCAUUGGCUUUGCCCGGCGCAAGACCAACAAGGUCGACGAAGCGUUCGCUGCCGAGAUUCAGGCACGUACGCACGGCCUCGGCGAAAUAACAUUCGAAGAAGAGACCACGCCGCCGACCGAUCAAAUUCCAGCCAAACCCGGCGAGCUCCACGCCUACUACGAAGAAUGCAAGUCGCAGCGCGCCCAGGCGCUGCUGGCACAAGAGACGGAGGCGCUUGAGAAGACACUUGCGUUCUUACAGACAGACCCCGACUUUACCGACGUACUACACGUACAAGAAGCCGCGCUGUCAGCAUCGACGCCACAACCGUCCUCCUCCAAGCUCUACUCGAUCUUCUCGUCGACGUCCCAACGCCGCCCGACCAAGAACGUUCUGUCCUCGCAGAAGAAAGUCGUGGUCGUGUGA